AUGUCUUUCCAACCCCUAUCUACAACCCCCCCAGUCCAGGCCAUGAACGACAACCUGAUGAGAAAUCUGUGGUCUUAUCGCGAGGUGCAGGAUGGAGGGGUUGAUCAAAGAGAAGAGACAGAGAGUGCAUGUGAGGAGGAUGAAGAUGUGGAGAUGGAAGAGGAAGAGGAGGUGCAGGAAGAGGUUGUUUCUUCACCACCACCACCACCACCAGAAGUAGAAGUGGAAGUGGAAGUGGAAGUAGAAGUUGCAGCAAAGGAGAAGAAAUCACCUAAAUUGAUUAUCCCAGCGAGGAUAUGGAAUGCCGUUGGUGGAGGCAAGGUUGAUGUACCAAGCGUACAAGACGUUCAAAAUCCCAAGGUGGGUUCUCCGAAGCGCAAACGCGUUUCUCUUGUCUUACAUCAUGAGGUAGAGGCAAGUGAAGGAGAUGCGCAAGAGCAGGAAGCAGAAGAGCAAGUAGAAGAAAGAGGCCGCCGAAAGCGGACAAAAACAUUGAAAGUCUCUCAAAACGAAGAGAUUUUAAGGGAGAAGACGGGCGGAGCUUCGCGGUCACGUGGGCAUGCGGCUUCGGGCUCGACAUCUGGACCCGCUUCCCGCACCGCUGCCGCUACCGCUACCGCUUCGCGUGGAAGCCAGAACGCACCACUUUCCUCCUCCGCCCCCGCACUAGAAACCGCGGCCCGCACCCUCGCCCUCCGCGACGCAGCCUCCGCCUCCUCCUCACCACCCACCGUCCCCUCCCCACCCCUCACACCAACCACGCCACCACCCAACGAAGGCCCCCGCGCAGCAUGGCACCGCCUCUUCCCGCACCUGACCCCACUCUCAAAUUAUCAAGGUCAAUGGCGCGAGUUAAUGGUAUGGAAAGAGACAAAAGGAUGGAUCAAACGGGCCGCAGAUGACCCAUGGGAGAAGCCGGUGUUUAGGAAACCGGGAUGGAAUCGCCACGAUGAGGAAAUGGAGAGGUUGUGGCAGGGGUGUGAGAGGAGGAUGGUGAGGGAGAGGGGGUGGACGUAUGAGGGGAGGGAGAGGGGGGAUGUGGAUAUGGUUAGGGCGGCUGAGAGGUCGUUUUAUUGA